AUGUCCACGGAUGGCAUGGCCGUGGUACAUGCAGCCAAGAACAACAAUAAGACCAGGGAAAGUUCUGAAUCUUUCGAAGAAGACCCUUUUACUGGCCGAUACGCGUGCAAGUUGCUUCAAAAGAGCAUCUACAAUCGGCGGCCUCAAGCCCUCCUUAAACGUUCACGGACGUGCCCGAGAAACAAUCAAGAAGAAGGCAGCCACAAGUUCCAACUACACACCGGCUCCAUAAAGCGUCAAAACUCUGUUACCACCUUGAACAAAUUCUGCAGCUUCUGCCAUCCAGAGAAACAAUCAAGAAGAGGGCGGGGGAGAAUGCAGGGCGCGGCGCAUCUUGUGUCCGAUGUCGGGCAGCUGGUCGGCAACGAGUACCGCCAACUCCGCGGCAUCGCUGGCAAGGUGGCAGAGCUCAGUGACGAGCUGGCCACCAUGAACGCCAUCCUCCGCAUGCACUCAGAAGCUGAGGAGGGCGCCGUUGACCACUUCAUCCGGGAGUGGGUGAGGCAGGUCAGCGAGCUCUACUACGACGCGGAGGACUGCGUUCACCUCUAUACCUUCCGCAUCCGGUGCCGGCCAAGAGACCGCUUUAUCGUCUGGUCCAAACAGAUGGUGGCGACCCUUUUCCCUCGCCGUCGACUGGCUCGCGAGAUCAGGGCGCUCUACGCUCGUGCUGUUGUUAUCAGUGAGCGCCAUGCGCGUUACAGCUUCAGCCGACCACCUCCCUCUUCGUCCCGUGUACUGGUUGUGGCGACGCCCGCGCAUGCGCUCCGCCCUGCCGACGAUCCUCAUCAGUUCGUCGGCAUCAAGGAGCAAGCUGAAAUCCUCGCCAAGAAGCUCAAGGUGGUGAGUGACAAAGAAUUUGACACGGAGCAGCUACAGGUGUUCUCCAUAGUGGGGUUCGGAGGGCUUGGAAAGACUACGCUGGCCAUGGAGAUGUGCCGGCAGCUGGAGGCGGAUUUCCAGCGCCAGGCGCAAGUGUCUGUAUCCCAGACGUUCGACGGCAGUAAGGAUCUGAAGGGAUUGCUGAAACGUGUGCUUCAGCAGAUCAUCAAGCCCAAGAUAGGGAGUGGUACUGAGCAAGACACCAAGGCCAAGGUAGAAGACCCCUUGGGUGACAUUGAAAAAAUGGAUCUGGAUGGUCUAGCCAAGAAGCUGAAGGAACUUCUUACGAACACGAGGUACCUCAUUGUGAUCGAUGAUGUAUGGACCAUAACUGCUUGGGAAUCAAUCCAAUCUCAAUUGCCAAAAAACAAAUGUGGCAUUAGAAUAAUUGUGACCACUCGGAUAGAAACUGUGGCUAAAGCUUGCAGUCGUGCUAGUGUGUACAGUGACUACAUCUAUCACAUAAAGGCCCUCGAAUCAACGGACUCAAAGAAGCUAUUUCUUAGUAGAGCAUUUGGAUCCAUGAAUGCCUCUUGCCCAACGAAUCUUGAGAAGGCAAUGGAUAAAAUUUUGAAGAAAUGUGGUGGGCUUCCACUGGCGAUUGUUAGCAUUGCGAGCCUCCUCGCCAACUAUAACUCGUCCGAGGGAUCAGUGAUGUGGUGGAAAGUUUGUAACUCAAUUGGUUCCAUGAUGGACAACAACCCUACGCUCGAAGGGAUGAGGCAAAUACUCACACUUAGCUACAACCAUCUGCCACAUUACCUCAAAGAUUGCAUGAUGUAUCUUUGCAUUUUCCCAGAGGACUACGAGUUCAGCAAGACUCGGCUGUUGCGGAGAUGGAUCGCCGAAGGACUGGUUAUUGCAAGGCGAGGGCAAACCAUGAUGGAGGUAGCAGAAGACUACUUCGAUGAGCUGGUGAGUAGAAACAUGAUUGAGCAAGUUGCUUAUGUAAUCAGCUUCCACGAUAGGCUGGAGACAUGUCGGGUGCACGAUAUGAUGUUUGAGAUCGCUGUGUCCAAAUCCCUGGAGGCCAACUUUGUUAGCCUGGUAGGUGGACAGUAUGAAGGGAUGUUGUAUGAUAAAAUUCGUCGUCUCUCUGUCCAUCCUGGAGCAGGGAGAACCACCAAGGUCGACGACUCUCUGUCCAAGGAAAAAACAGUGCGGCGCAAUAGGAGGACCGACGUCGAUGAAAUGAAGGUGCAGCAUGUCCGUUCACUGAGUAUGUUUGAGCUUGAACCACACAAGCUGCUAGAUCGGCUGGGCGAGUUCACCCUGUUGAGGGUACUUGAUAUGGAAGACUGCAAGGGCGUAGCCAACAAGCAUAUGAAGGAUAUUUGCAAGAUGUACCUUCUGAAGUUCUUGAGCUUGAAGGGUACGGACAUCAGUUUGAUGCCUCCCGAAGUCGGUGACCUAGAACAUUUGCUGACACUGGACUUAGAGCAGACACGCCUUGAUGAUCUACCAGAAACUAUGAGAAAUGUAGAGAAACUUGAGUGCCUCAAGUUCAACAAAAAGGACGUCCAGUGGUGGGUCAUGUGGAAGCCACCCAGAGGAGUCUCCAACAUGAAGGCGCUGCGUGAUGUGGAUAGACUACUAGUCGGAGAUGUUGAGAUUGCUAAAGAGCUCGGUGAGCUAGAGCAGCUGCAACGUAUCUUUGUAUAUGUUGUUGACAAUCCUCAGCAAGAGGAUGUUCGCCAACAGCUUGCCCUGUCCCUGUCCAAGAUGUGCUCCCUCCGGUGGCUCAACUUAGGAGAUAUGAAGAACGAAGGUAUGACAAUGGAUUAUCUCAUUAAUCUUGAAUCGCCACCUAUGCUUCUUCGGCACCUUAGGUUCGCUGGAGGAUUUACUAAAUUGCCAGAAUGGGUUGGGUCACUAACAUAUCUUGUUGAGUUCACCCUUUCGUGGGCACAGCUUAAGGAUGGGCAACUAUUGGAUGUCCUGUGUCAGCUGCCUGACCUCAAGCGCAUCAUGUUCCAACAUAUAUUCUACGUUGGCACUAAACUGGUUGUGUGCAACAAGCAUAAAUUUCCGGCACUGAAAGAUAUGAUAGUGGACUCCAGUAGGCAAUAUCCCGAAGUAUACAAGUUCGAGGAAGGGUCCAUGACAGAGCUGGAGAAACUUACAGUGAGUUUCGAUAAAUGGGAAUCGAAAAGGAUAGUCGGCGUAGAGCACCUGAAGAAGCUUAAAGAGGUGAAGCUCACAGGUACUUUACUGGAAUCUGGAGUUCUGGACUAGAGUUACUUUAUUAUUGCUGGACACGGAGAUUUCUUCAAACUGUUUGUCAAAAUUGUUGUGGCACAUCAUGCAUGCCUAAUUAAUACUCCCUAUGUUCCUAAAUAUAAGUCUUUCUAUAAUUUCAAUACAAACUACAUACGGAUAUAUAUAGUCACAUUUUAGAGUGCAGAUUCACUCAUUUUGCCCCGUAUGUAAUCCCUAGUGAAAUCUCUAAAAAGACUUAUAUUUAGGAAUGGAGAGUAGUCAAUUAUUCUCGUGUGGUCGUGGUUUGGCUUUGUGAAUCAGAGCAAUUAAGACUUUCUAUUUUGUUAAAUCACUAGCUCUAAUAAAGCUGAAGCCUCCAACAAGAGUGGUAUAAACAUCACUCUGUUCCUUUU